AUGUUAGCAACAACAGCACCAAACUCGUUAGUCAUGAACCCAACUUCAAUGUUAGUAGAGAUGAAAAGCUUCAUUCCUUCUUCAUAUACUUUCGAAACAAAAAUCCAGAAGAUAAAGCAAGAACUUUUAACAAGUAAUUUAGACUGUAGUGCGAAAGAUGAAACAAAUGAACAGUAUCUUUACGACAUGCAGGACAUUAUUGACCAUUUACCCAAAUUGCCUGAAAUCCAACAGCAAAAACUCACUAUUCCAGAAUUCGAUGAAAUAGAAGUCGGACUGACUGACUCAGUAGAAAUAAAGAAGUUCAUAC